ACUUUGGCGAUACGUGUAACUGCGAGGACGGGCAAGGCUGAUAUUUCUCAUUUCGAUUUUUUCUGACGUUAAUUAACUUCGUACCGUUUAACGAUUAACAGAGGCAUCAUUCGCCUCCAUUCGGCGAGAUGAUCGACGAAGAAUCGGGUUGUUAGACACUUCGCUUUCUGCUACGAGUGAUUUCAAUUGCUGGGAUACUGCUUGUACAAAGAACAAGAGCAAACUGAGCCAGACAAAAAGGAUUCCUAAGAGAAACUCGAGGGAAGCGACUUGGAUGCGGUAAAGAAGAUUCCAGAGACGUAAUUCCUGGAGGAAAGCCGCGACGUUCCCGAUGCACGAAUUCAAUCCACGAUGCUUCCGUUUUUGCUGUUACCGUUUCUACUUCAGAUAUGUUACGGAUUCACCGGAAGGGGACUGUAUUAUCCGGGACGAUCGGAUUUAUUCGAGUUGUCGGUGAUACACCUAAAUGAUUUCCACGCGAGGUUCGAGCAAACAGGUCCUCGAUCCGAAGCGUGUCACGAAGGCGAGGAGAAGGAUUGCGUCGGUGGAAUCUCAAGAGUCUCCACGGCAGUGAAUCGUUUAAUGAAUGAAAGGCCGAAUCCAAUUUUCUUGAACGCUGGCGAUCACUAUCAAGGGACACUGUGGUACAACGUUCACCGUUGGAACGUGACUGCUACCUUCAUGAACAUGUUACCGCACGAUGUUAUGACAAUAGGAAACCAUGAAUUUGACGAUGAUGUCGAGGGUGUGGUUCCAUUUUUAAAAAUGGUCAAGGCACCUGUAGUAGUCACCAAUAUCGAUGCAAGUGAAGAACCAACGAUGCAGGGACUCUAUAAGAACAGCACGAUCAUCGAAAGGAAUGGCACGAAAAUCGGAGUCAUCGGCGUUAUUAUAUCGACUACGGACACAAUUUCCAUUACCGGGAAAUUAAAGUUUCUGGAUGAGGUGGAAUCGGUGAAUGACGAGGCACGGAGAUUGAAGUCCCGAGGGAUCGACAUUAUUAUCGUUUUAAGCCAUUGUGGAUUGGAUGUGGACAGAAUAAUGGCAGCCAAGUGUCCUCUGAUCGACCUUAUCGUUGGUGGACAUUCCCAUACGUUUCUUUAUUCAGGACCUGCCCCUUUCAUUGACGAGCCAGAGGAUGAAUAUCCCGUGGUGGUGGUUCAAGAAGAGACCAACAGAACGGUGUUGAUCGUUCAGGCAGCUGCUUUCACAAAGUACCUGGGGAACUUGACGGUGUGGUUCGAUGCGGAUGGCGAGGUGGUUGAUUGGGACGGAAAUCCGAUUCUCCUUGAUUACUCUAUCGAGGAAGAUCCUGAGAUGCUGAAGGCUUUGGCACCAUGGAAAGUAAGGGUGGAUGAAAAGGCAGGAACGAAGAUUGCUCGAACGAGGGUUUUCCUCGACAAUAAAUGUCGCAGAAACGAAUGCAACCUUGGAAAUUUGAUCACAGACGCCAUGGUCGAUGCUUAUGUGGAGAGAGCAGAGAAUAAAACUGUGUGGACAUACGCUGCAGUUGGUGUUUACAAUCCUGGAGGAAUACGCGCUCCUAUAGACUCCAUAGGUCAAGAUAUCACUUUUGCCGAUCUGAUAAUGGCUCAACCUUUCGAGAACACUUGGGACAUUCUCGAAUUAAAAGGCAGCUGCAUUCUGCAGAUCCUAGAAAUGGAAGAAGAUAUUUUAAUAUGGUCAGGCCUAAAAGUGGUUUAUAAAAUAAAAGGAAAUUCCAGGAAGGUGGAGGAUGUCAAAAUAAGAUGUAGAGCCUGCGAGGUACCAAGGUACGAAGAGCUGGUGUUAGAUCAGUGGUACAGAAUUGUACUUCCAACCUUCUUAGUCCAAGGCGGGGAUGGAUUCGUCCCAUUCGAAACCUGUGGUAGAAAUCACGAAGUCGGUUACUUGGACUGGGUAGUAUUGUCUAAAUACAUGAAGAAGAUCAGUCCUAUACUAACUGGACAAGAUCGUCGAGUGAUCUUUUUAGAUGGAAAUAGUUCUUAGUUAGUUCGGUAAAUAUUCAUUUUCCUAGCAAAACAAUAGGUAAGAAAGAUUCAAAGACUUUCUAGAAUCAUAUUUCGCAAACUGAUGUUAAUAUCACAGUAUUGUAAAGUGCAUUUAAUCUAAAAUGAACUUGUGCAAUAUAAAUGUAAAUUUAAUAAAAAUGCUAUUUCAUAA